GCUGUUCUGACCACCACCCAAACCCUCACCCUUUUCUUUUACCAGACCCUCUCUCUCUCUCUCUCUCUCUCUCUCUCUCUCUGCUCAGUGUUGUUGUACAAACUAUUUUCCGAAACCCUAGAUUCUCUGAAAUUUCACAACCAAUCCAAACCCUAACCCUCUCGCUCUCUCUCUCUCUCUCUCUCUCUCUCUAUUGGCUCUGUAGCACCGGAGCUUCAAUCCGCAGCUUUCUUCUCCUUUUCUCGAUCUCCGGCUUCGUCACUCUUCGACCUUUUUCUAUGGCGGAACGCAAGCUCGAUCUCCCCGACGAUCUCCUCUCCUCCAAACCCUCCGAUCAGUCCUGGACCUCCAAAGUUGAAGUUUCUGGAGGAAAUGAUGAGGAAAAGGUGCUUAUGGGGUCAUCUGAUGAGUUGAAAGAUCCAGCAGCCUUGGAUAGCAGCAUACCUUUGUCACCCCAGUGGCUUUAUGCCAAGCCGAUUGAGUCUAAGUUGGAAAUGCGUGGUCCAACUUCAAUUGGAAACUCCACUGACAGCAACCAGAAGGACGGUUGGCGAUUGGAAGGAUCUGAGGACAAGAAAGAUUGGAGGCGACCUGCUACUGAAAGUGAAAGUAGCCGUCGUUGGCGUGAAGAGGAAAGAGAAACUAGCUUGCUUGGUGGUAGAAGAGAUCGUAGGAAAACAGAACGCCGUGCUGACAAUAUUUCAUUGAGGGACACAGCUGACAGUAGAGCAUUGCCUACAACUGACAGGUGGCAUGAUGGCCGCAAUGAAGUACGGCGUGAUAGCAAAUGGUCGUCUAGGUGGGGUCCUGAAGACAAAGAAAAGGAGCCCCGAAGUGAGAAGAGAACAGAUGUGGAGAAGGAUGAUGCUCACAGUAACAGUGAGAGUCAAUCUCUUGGAGCUAACAACCGUUCAGCUGCUGAGUCAGAUUCUCGGGAUAAAUGGAGGCCACGACAUAGAAUGGAGGUUCAAACUGGGGGGUCAGCUACUUACCGUGCUGCACCUGGAUUUGGACAAGAAAGAGGACGGGUGGAGGGUUCGAAUUUGGGAUUUACCCUGGGGCGAGGAAGGUCAAGUGGUAUUGGGAGAUCCGCAGGCACUAUUGGCUCUGCUCUUUCAGGAAAGAGUGAAGGUGUCCCUGGGAAACCAAGGCACUCAGCUGAUGGUUUUUGCUACCCGAGGGGAAAGCUUCUUGAUAUUUAUCGGCAGCGAAAGCCUGAACUCUCUUUUGAUACCAUGCCAGAUGAGAUGGAGGAGGCCCCCUCACUAACUCAAGUUGAUUUUGUUGAACCAUUGGCUUUUCAUGCCCCUGAUGCUGAUGAGGAGGCCAUCCUUAGCGAUAUAUGGAAGGGAAAAAUUACAAGUAGUGGGGUAGUAUACAAUUCAUUCAGAAAGGGGAGAUCAACUGAAAAUAUUACAGGUGUGGGAGACUUAGAAGCUGCUGAUGGAGUUCUGGGCAAUUUGCCCUCGACUGUCACUCAAGAGACUAGCACCUUUCAGGAGGCUGCAAAUGCUGAUGACUAUGGGACUUUGUGGAAUUAUGGUUCACAGAGGAAUGUGAUAAAUGGAAAAGAUGUUGGUCAUAAAGAAAAUGAUAACAGAGCUACUGAAGGAAAGGACCUUGAUGGAGUUUCCCUAUCAACUCAAAAAAGUAAUGGUAUCUAUGGUGAUGUUGAGACUGAUGGUUCUUACGAUAGUGCAAAUCAGCUUCAUCUUGGUGGCAAUAGGAAAAUUGGAGAUCCUGCCUUUUCAAAUCAUCCUGUAUCUGAUGACAUUGAGUUUGCCAAUUAUUCCGAAAUAAGAUCCAACCUUCCCGACGUUCCAAAUACUCUCUAUGGUUUGGCCUCUUCUGAGCAGAAUGAGAAUAGCAACCCUAGAGUGAAAGAGUUAGAAAUGGGUGUUCAUCCUGAGGGUUUGUAUUACUACUACCUUGAUCCUCAAGGGGUGACCCAAGGGCCAUAUCAGGGGUUAGACAUCAUUUCAUGGUUUGAACAAGGUUUCUUUGGGAUAGACUUGCUUGUUCGCUUGGAGGAUGCUCCUGAAGGAACACCUUUCAAAGAGUUGGGGGAGUUCAUGCCAUAUCUUAAAUCUUGGGAUGAGAAUGGCAGUAUCAUAAAUCCAAGUUCUAAGCUAGAAGAAUCUGGUGGCUUAGGAGGGAGUCUGGAGUCCAGUUUACCCUUUUCUGCAGCAGUUUCAGACAGUAACUAUGCAUUUCUGGGAAAUGACCAUCAGCGGCCCAUGCCUGAACUAAACAGCCUUUCAGCUCAGCAUAUUCAGCCAAGAAUUUCCGAGCCUGAAGCUCCACUACAACUACAUUCAAGGGGUCAAAGCUUUAAUGAUUUUGUUGAACAAGAUGAAGAUAUUGUGUUUCCUGGAAUACAUGGAACCGCUGCCUAUUCUACUGCACGAUCUUCUGGGAGCAUACACGAUUCUAUGGCAAACUCUAUUAAUCACCUUCCUCCCCCAACUGAAAUGACAGAAUCUGGUGUGCCUAUUCAGAAUGAUAAUAAGUUGCAUCCCUUUGGCUUGCUAUGGUCUGAGCUAGAAAGCGGCCAAUCAAAGCAUUCCAAGUCGGCCAAUAUGCCAUCUAGUAAGGGGAGGGCUGUUCCAUUUGGUGCAAAUCCUGAUCCAGCAAUUGCUGAGACGUGGUCUGAUCUUCAUAGAAAAAGUUCAGUCUCUGAUCCGAACUUGUAUCAGGAAAUGUUGACUCCUCGCCAAUUAUCGCACAUGGAACAGGAACCCAGUCAUUAUGAUUUAGCAGAGCAGCUUAUGUCGCAGCAAAUUCGACAGCAGCAGCAACUCCAACAGCGAAAUAUGUUGUCUGGUUUUGCACACUUGAAUGACAAUGUAUUAGAUCCUUUGCAAAAUCAGAAUCUUAUUCACCAUCAACAGUUAGCCAACCAUUCUGCAGCAGAUCUGGAUCACCUUUUGGCACUUCAGAGGCAGGCUCAGCUCGAGCAACAUCAACUGCAACAACAGCAGCAGUUUCAUCAACAGCAGAAGCUUUUACAGGAGCAACAGCAAUCACAAGUACAACAGGUGCUUUUUGAACAAUUGUUGCGUGGUCAAAUGCAUGAUCCUACACUUAGGCAGCCACAUGUUGAUCCUGUAAGAGCAAACAAUGUUAUUGAUCAGGUUCUAUUAGAGCAGCAGCUUCUACGUGAACUUCAGCAACGGUCUCACCAUCUUCCAAGGCAUGUUGAUCCAACUAUAGAGCAGUUAAUUCAAGCAAAGUUUGGUCAUACACCUCAAGGACAUCAAACAGAUUUGUUUGAGCUACUGUCUCGUGCACAGCAUGAACAGAUUCAGUCGCUGGAACAUCAGAUGCAUGCCAGGCAGUUACCCAUGGGAAUAAGGCAGCGAAUGGAAGAAGAGAGGCAUAUCGGUUCUGUCUGGCCAGCUGAGGAAUCAAAUCAGAUUUUCAGGACCCAUGCUGGUAAUCAUGGUCACCGAGGGCACUCUUCUGGCUUUAAUCCUUUAGAUUUUUAUCAGAGGCAGCAGAGGCCAUCUCAUGAGGAGCAGCUGAAUCACCUUGACCGGAAUCUUUCAUUACAGGAUCGACUUCAGCAAGGUUUUUAUGAGCCUGGCUCACUGCCGUUUGAGCGGUCAAUGUCAUUACCUGCUGGUGCACCAGGGAUGAACUUGGAUGUAGUAAAUGCUAUGGCUCGUGCCCAGGGUUUAGAUAUGCAGGAUUCCAUUGGACGUAUGCAGUCGGCUGGCCAGUCGGGUCAAUUUUCGUCUGGAAUCCCUUCCCACAGUGCUCAUCAUCCUCAUGUUCCUAACCAAUUUCAUGUUUCACAUUUGGAUGCAAUUGAGGGACACUGGCCUGAGAAGAAUGAUCAGCUUGAGAAUGACUGGAUGGAUGCUCGGUUUCAGCAGCUGCAUAUUAAUGCUGAGAGGCAGAAAAGGGAAUCAGAGAUCAAGAAUACUUCUCAGGAUCAAAAUUUAUGGAUGUCAGAUGGAAUUAAUGAUGAGAACUCAAAGAGACUACUAAUGGAUUUACUCCAUCAAAAAUCUGGCCAUCAACCUAGCGAGUCGUUGAAUGCGAUGAGCAAUGGGAUGUUCUCUGAUAAAAGACUGCCAUCUGGCCACUACUCUGGAUCAAGCUCCUCAAACCACCUGUUCAAUCUCCAUGCAGACCAAGAAGCAGGUCUAAAUAACUCAUUUCGUGUAGGGUCAUUUGGUUCUAAUCCAGGUGAACUCCUACAGGAAGAGCAGGCCAGCAGUGUGGAAAGCAAUGAAAAGUUGAUGUAUGGAUCUAAUUCUGGAGCAUUGGCUGAUAGAGAGUCAUUUCUGGCAGGAAUGAAUGCAACGAGCCAGUCACUUUACACAAAUUCUAACAUGAUAAGUAAGUCUUCUAUAGGUAAAGAACUUUCUGAGUUGGAGGGCAGGAAGCGGGGGUCCAAAAGUGAGGGGAUAAUUAUGGGUCGAUCUUUUGAGACUCAAGAACGAAUGGUUGAACAAGCAGGGUUGUCUGCAACAAAUUUUGAGGAGAUGUCAAAACACGCUCAUAGCAUGAAUUCUUCCUCCGGUGUUUCAGGUGGGAAUGCUGGUUUUUAUGGUGACAAGAUUGGCGGAAGUAAUUCAUUUGUCGAACAAACUGGCAAGGAUCGGGCUCCCAUCCCAUCCAAAGGGCAAGAAAAUAUUCUGCUGAGACGACCUUCUGUCCCAAGUGCUUCAGCAUCGCAAGAAGGAUUAUCAGAACUGAUAUCAGAUCCAGUUCUUAGAGGAAAAAAUUCGAGUGCUGCUUCAGAUGGGGCAAGGCGAGACGCAGUGGUUAAUCCAGUAAACCAAGGUUCUGAUGUCAUGGCAUCUUCGAAAAAAGAAAUGCAUUUCCGCCGUACAUCAUCCGCCAGUGAUACUGAUGUAUCAGAGGCAUCAUUUAUCGAUAUGCUUAAGAGUAAUACCAAGAAGAUUGCUCCCAUGGAUGCCCACGCCACAGCUGGAUUUGCAGAAUCAUCAGAAGCAAUGCAAGGUGGCCGGAGUGGCAAAAAGAAAGGAAAGAAAGGGAGGCAAAUUGAUCCUGCCCUCCUUGGUUUUAAAGUCACCAGCAAUCGUAUAAUGAUGGGUGAAAUUCAACGAAUCGACGAUUAGGCCAUUUCUAUAGUUUCUGUAUAAAUCAUAUAAUUUCUCUACUGUUGUAUAGAUUUAGAACAGUUGAUUUAAAGCAUCUGCGGGUGGAAAUUCUUUUAGUGCUCGACGGUUGACAUACUGAAAGAUGGUAAAGAUGGCAUCACUUGCGAAUCUGAGUCGGUAGCAACAGGAUGGUAGAAAAGUUUUGUAGGAUCGAUAGGGUUUGGUUUACAAGGGAAGUGAUCUGGUGAUAUAUCUGUAUAUUGUUCAAAAUAAAGAGUUAUUUAGAUUUAUUAGAAA